UGCGUGGCUUGUCACGCUGCGCCAUACCCUAGAUUAGACGAAAGGCGUUGAGUACCGCAUCUUCGUUGGAAUCCUUUUUCUCUGUUACCUACCCUCACUUAACUGUAUCUGCGCCUCGUCUACGUGUUCACGACAUGGUUUCCUCCCGCACUCGCUCCAAAGAGUGCCUAGAAGAGGAAAUAUCAGGCGAGUUUCGGCCUUGACACUGUUGAAUGGGGCUACCCAAGCUGUAGGAAACGGGCUUCCUUUACGAGAUGCUCGCGAAAGAGGUAGAGCUUUUCUUGAUAACGCCAUGAUUGUGGAAAAGCGUUCUCUCGGAACACAAAUGUAACGGAAUAUGCUUCAGACAAACUAGCUGUAUGAUCAUUUCUGCUGUGCAUCAGAAUCUGCGCUUGGCGUUCGCGUACUUCGUCUUGUGUGUCUUUCUCCCUGGACCGGCUCGUGCAGAUAUCCGGAUCGAGGUGGGGCUAAGAGCGGUCCGUGUUUGGCAGCAGUUGAGUAAUUUUUUGGUAAAAAAGAGUAUCCGUCCAAGUGGGUGCUCUUGCAUGAUGAAGCUUGUAGAAACGCAUGCACAGGCAUAUUGCCGCCGAUAUUACAGGUUUCUCAAUACUUGCUCCGUCCUCUGUAUUCCAAUGCUAGAUUUGGAUUGUGUUUUGUGCCUCUCCGUCCGGUUCCCGUUCUAUGGCAUGGGCGUUUAGAUGAGCGGAAUUUGACAACAUCAGAGGCUUUGGAGCGCCCGUAGUUUUCACUGAGAAACGAUGGUCUCCAUCGUGCCCUUGUCCUGCAAGAUGUGACUCGGAAAUACCCUGUACUUCCUUCCAGCUUUAUCAAGGAUAUAUUUCGAUUAACCACGAUGAGACGUUGAUUUUUGGCGUCAACUACUCGUGUUCGUUUGCCACGCUAUGGGUGCCACGAAUCUGCUGUUGAACAUCUCAGCCGGGCCGUUGCCUGUAGAGGCAUUUCUUCGUCUUCGUCGGGUCAGACGCUGCCAAGCAGAUUGCAGCCGCUGCUGGAACACGCGAAAACGCUUCAGUGGGAGGAAAUUUUUCAGUUGUUUCUGGUUGAUUCAUCAUCAAUGUCUGUAUAAUGCCACGCAUGCGCUCCUGCCAGUCUGGAUGGUUACCACUCGGUGGAUCUGCGAAUGUGCGGAACAUGUCUGGUCUAAGGUUACCUUCAAAGAGUUUCGUUUGCCAUGCUUGUCGGCAGUUGAACGAAUAUUGAUGCAAGAAAAAUCUAUUCCAGGUUCUUCUGUAUGUCUGGAUUCGGUUGUUCCUCCAUCUUUGGCCGUAUCCACUUCCUUAUCGCGGCCGCUUCUCGGCAAUUUCGAGUCUUUCUGAGUUGGGCAAGAAAUUUCCUGUAACCCUGCUUCGCAAUGUGUAAUGCUUCGGAGCCUAUCACUUUGAAUUUUCUACAUUUGCACCUGUGACUCGCUCAUGGUCUGAUUAUCAUUGUCACUUUUGUCCACGUUCCACACUAAACCUCAAAAAACGUCGUCCGUAGUUCUUCUCUACUCUGUCAGCCAUCCCGUAGUAUUCCACCAGGUGGAAAAUCUUGGUCUGGGAGAGUGAUUUCCGGUUUUACUCGGUUGUAUUCUUGUAACCCAUUUGUCUGGUGCUGUCUCCUCAGGGGGGAGGGAUUGCCCGUCUGCGCUGCCCGCUCGUUGGCCAAUUGUAUGGGGAAGUUGCCAUCAUUUGAAGCGUGGCUACUAGUCCUGGCGUCUUGAAGCGUUUAUGACUAGGUCCGUGGACAAUCUCAUGUCGUUUCUAGGGCGCGCUUGUCGACCUCCUCGACUGUCAAGUGGCUUGGCUUUGUGGCUGGCUCCCUGCCAGCUCUCGCCAGUUUUUUUAUGGUGGCCAAUCGCAGACUAGACGACGCUAUUUUGCCAGAGCUGCUUCCGCUGCGACCGAUUCCCUCGUUUCAUGUGUUCAUCUGAUGCGUCACUGCUCUUGUGAAGAUUUGAACAUUCUCAGUUACACCCGUCCCGAAGUCUUCAGCCAGAUGACAGGAAACGCCACUGUACCCUGGGUACGAACCCCGCGGCACCUAGAACUGAAAGCCCCAGCAAGGACCGCCAACAGUGAGAAGACCUGUAGAGACUCCAAAUCAGGCCAGGCAAUUUCUGGUAGAGGUUUUAUAUCACCGAAAGUAUUUUCUCCUCACUUUCGGGCCGUUUUUUCUCGCCCUGUAUCCGAGCUCUUUCGCAGCGGUUGCGAGGCGGACCAGACACGGGCCGCAUGUCGCAGGAAGAUGCGGGGAGGACACAAUUUGGGAUCAACCUCCGCCUCUUCUCAAAUAGAAAGAACCGUCGCCCCUCUACAUGCUGUCUCGACGCCGUCUUCGUUAACAUUUGAAUCUCCUCCGUGUUCCCAGUGCCAACAGUCCACCACUCCAUCCAGUGUUUCCGUUGUGGUACUUGCACCCAGUACUGCCUGCAAGCCAACUGUUUCGUCAAAGGCCGUGAGGACCACCACUUCUUUAUCCGUAUCUUGUUCCGCCUGUCAAAGUUUUUCUGCGUCAUCGCGGUCUCCUCUUUCUCCCACGGGCCAUCCCUCCGCGUCUGUUCAGCGGCAGUCUUCGUCCACACCAGCCUGGCUUUCCUGCCGUCCUUCAAGAUGGCUGGAUUCUGCUGGGACCGCAAACGAUUCUUCGCAGUGUGAAAAAACAUCCCACCGAGAACAAGCUGUCACCAGUGUCCGAGGAGGCUCCUCAUCUGACACUCUCUCCCAUUCAGUGCCAAGCAGCACCACCCCGGCGUCCAGUGGAGUUCCUGCCCCUCCUCAGUGCGUCCGCCCACGUGAGAACCUCGAUUUCCGAACUCUGUUGAGCCUUUCUGAGGCCACAGAAGAGCCUUGUCUCUCUCCUUCAAUGCGUUUCCCACAGGCGGACGCUCCGCUCUUCUGUGUCACUGUCGCUCAUGGCAUGGCUCGACUUACGCCGCCUUGCCAUGAGGUGGAAGAACGUGGAGAGCAGCUGACCAGUGAUGCCAGUGGAGGACGCGACGGCCUUGCUUCGCCGAAUGAAUGCACUUCGUCCGAGAGCGUGCAGGUUUCCCCAGCUGGCAGUGAGGCAUCACGGAAGUGGUGCAUGCCAGGGGGAGAGGCGAGUGCCCAGCGUAGGCCGGCUACCGACCCAGUCGCUGAUUCCGAUGAGAAUCAGCAGCCAAGCAGUCUGAGCAGCUCUGGAAGCAUCCGUUUCAGGUACAAUUCAGAGGGUACGUAUGACAGCAAGGAGAUGGACAAUACCACUGCCUCGGAGCCAAACGGUCACCGUCCAAGUCUGGAUGGUGGAGGCGACGAACACCCCUCUGGAGCUGACCCAAGAGUAAGUACCGUGCGCGCCUUCCAGGAUCCUUUGGAUGACGACGAUGCCUCUGAGUAUGGAGUUACAGACGGGAGCUCGAGACUCCCAGGCGAACCUGGUGACGGAUGCUGUUCUACGAUCUGGACUAUGAGUACUGAAGAACUGUUCGGCUUUGACUUCAUAGCGAACUGCACGCCUGAAAGGUUUUCUCGGCGAGAUCGACGGACGUAUCCAAGCCAAGAAGACGCUGGUGAUGCGGUCAAGCAGGUGCUCCGCGCUGAGGCGUCUGCUAGGGAGAUUGUCAACCGCGCCAGAUCGCUGCAAGUCAUCUUGCGACAAAGGGUCAGGGUAGAGGCGGAGGAGGAAGAGAAACGCUUCAGAAAUUUACAGCAGAGCCUCUUUGAGGCGAGGAGUUCGCAGAUACGGGAAGAAUUGGAGGCGUUUGCGGCUGAAGAAACGAUGCGCACGGAAGCGUUUGUGGAGCAUUCAAAGCGGCCAGGGUUCGAGCACCGCAUCACGCGCGCGAAGGAGCAGCUUCUUGGAGAAGUGCUAAAGGUGGACGUUUCCUGUCCCCUGGAAGCAGUCAAACGCUUCGGCACAACACAGCAGUUGGUGGCGUUCUACGAGAAGCGUCAGAAGAAGACACACCACGUGGUGCACCAUCCCCCCGGUGAUAUCCUGGAGCGGGACAAAGACAUCAUCACAUGGGACGAGCAAGGACGGGCUCGAGUGGAGCAUUUGUCUGCGAGCACCCACCGGCGAAGUGUCACUAAACUAGGGAGUUUCUGGGUUCGACACCAGAACAGAGGGGCUCAGCACUCUGACAGGCCGCUGGUUUUCUUGAACACGCAUUCAUGGGGCGAUGCCCAUGAUGUGGCAAACAAUGGAGAGGCGCAGUGUUUGAGGCUGCGAUCUGUCUCAGAGGAUCCAGAAGAAGUACGAGCCGUUUCGACGGACAGACGGGAACAAUUGAAUUCAAAACAUGAUAUCUGGUGUGAAGACAUUCCAGACGAAGACGACUUGGAUGAACGCGGGCCUCCAGAUAGGGUUAGUCAACGCACCGUGCACUCCCUCGACGUGCUUGCUUCUAAGGGUUGGAACAGAGGGACGGGCGGCGAGCUUGCUAAUCGGGGAAGAGAUUGAGUCGCUGAUCACUGUGCAUCUCAUAAAACCUCAAAACGAGUAGACACACUGUUGCUUGUCGUGGAUCUUCGAGAGGGGAAUUUAGCGCGAGCCAAAACUGUUAGCUUGCAUUCGUCCCCGUGAUACAGAGGAGCUUCACAGAGGGACGGCUGACUGAUGAUCAAGACAGCAUGCAGCAGAGGGGGCGGACAGAAAAAGUGGACACACCCGUACAAAACCAGGAAAGAUCCGCUCAUCCAAUGGAUGGUCCACGGGAGCACAACGUGCCAACUUGAAUAACACUGACCGUCUCACCGUGGUUUAUGUGCUUGCCUCACGUAAAUAUGCUUUUUCGGAGUUCAUGCAACUAAACAAGGCUCGGGAAUAACCACGCGCCACAUGCCGGAAGUUUCGUUUUGCUGAAUGAGUGGUGAAUUGAGGCCGCAUAGUGACACUCAGCUCUUCUCUAGAUGAUUGCGUCACAAAUUACGCCGAUCAAUUUACCAGGGUUGUACGCAUCAGUCGUAUGUUCCACCGUCAUUACGCUGCACCUACGGGGAUGAGCUACAAGUUGAGCGCAC